ACUAUUAAGAAUAUUGAAAGAGAGCUUAUUUGCCCAGCCUGCAAGGAGCUGUUUACCCACCCGUUGAUUCUCCCUUGUCAACAUAGCAUCUGUCAUAAAUGUGUAAAAGAACUCUUGCUGACUCUCGAUGAUUCAUUCAAUGAUGUGGGAUCAGACCAGUCCAAUCAGAGCAGCCCUCGACUUCGGCUUUCCUCCCCUAGCAUGGAUAGAAUUGACAGAAUUAACAGACCAGGCUGGAAGCGCAAUUCACUGACCCCUAGGACAACUACUUUUCCUUGCCCCGGCUGUGAGCAUGAUGUGGAUCUUGGAGAACGAGGAAUCAAUGGUCUGUUUCGAAAUUUCACCUUGGAAACUAUUGUGGAGAGAUACCGUCAGGCGGCUAGGGCAGCCACAGCCAUUAUGUGUGACCUUUGUAAGCCGCCACCGCAGGAAUCCACAAAAAGUUGCAUGGACUGUAGUGCGAGCUACUGCAAUGAAUGCUUCAAAAUUUACCAUCCUUGGGGGACUGUGAAAGCGCAGCAUGAGUAUGUGGGCCCCACCACUAAUUUUAGACCCAAGAUUUUAAUGUGCCCAGAACAUGAAACAGAGAGAAUAAACAUGUACUGUGAACUCUGUAGGAGGCCAGUGUGCCACCUCUGUAAGCUGGGUGGCAGUCACGCCAACCACCGAGUGACCACCAUGAGCAGUGCCUACAAAACCCUGAAGGAAAAGCUUUCAAAGGAUAUUGAUUACCUUAUUGGUAAAGAGAGCCAGGUGAAGAGUCAAAUUUCUGAACUAAACUUGUUAAUGAAAGAAACAGAGUGCAAUGGAGAGAGGGCUAAAGAAGAAGCCAUGACACACUUUGAAAAGCUUUUUGAAAUCCUAGAAGAGAGGAAGUCAUCUGUUCUGAAAGCAAUUGAUGUCUCUAAGAAACUAAGACUGGACAAAUUUCAGACUCAAGUGGAAGAGUACCAGGGGCUUCUAGAGAACAACGGACUGGUGGGAUAUGCUCAGGAGGUGCUGAAGGAGACAGAUCAGUCCUGCUUUGUGCAGACAGCCAAGCAGCUUCACCUCAGAAUACAGAAAGCUACAGAAUCUUUGAAGAGCUUUAGACCAGCAGCCCAGACUUCUUUUGAAGACUAUGUUGUUAAUACAUGUAAACAAACAGAAGUUCUGGGAGAAUUGUCCUUUUUCUCCAGUGGCAUAGAUGUGCCUGAAAUCAACGAGGACCAGAGCAAAGUUUAUAACAAUGCCUUGAUAAGUUGGCACCACCCAGGAAAGGAUAAGGCUGAUAACUAUGUUCUCGAAUAUCGGAAGAUGAACAGAGAUGAAGACAUAUCGUGGAAUGAGAUCCAAGUGUGUGGCACGAGCAAAGUCGUCUCUGAUCUUGAAGAUAACAGUCAUUACGCCUUCCGAGUGAGGGCGUACAAGGGCUCCAUCUGCAGUCCCUGCAGCCGAGAGCUGAUUCUUCAUACUCCGCCUGCUCCAGUUUUCAGUUUCCUUUUUGAUGAAAAAUGUGGCUAUAAUAACGAACACCUCUUGCUAAACUUGAAGAGAGACCGAGUGGAGAGUAGAGCUGGAUUUACUACUCUGCUUGCUGCGGAUCGUAUCCAAGUGGGCUACUACACAAGCCUAGACUAUAUCAUUGGAGACAGUGGGAUUACAAAAGGGAAACACUUCUGGGCCUUCCGUGUGGAACCAUACUCGUAUCUGGUGAAAGUAGGAGUUGCUUCCAGCGAUAAACUACAAGAAUGGCUCCGUUCUCCCCGGGAUGCCGUCAGUCCAAGAUAUGAACAAGACAGUGGGCAUGACAGUGGAAGCGAAGAUACCUGUUUUGAUUCUUCACAGCCUUUUACCUUAGUUGCUAUAGGCAUGAAGAAAUUUUUUAUACCCAAGUCACCUACUUCUAAUGAACCUGAAAAUAGAGUUCUGCCCAUGCCAACAACUGUAGGGAUUUUCCUUGACUGUGAUAAAGGCAAAGUGAGUUUCUAUGAUACGGAGCACAUGAAAUGUCUCUAUGAACGCCAGGUAGACUGUUCGCACACAAUGUACCCAGCAUUUGCAUUAAUGGGCAGUGGAGCAGUUCAACUUGAAGAAUCUAUCACCGCAAAAUACCUGGAGUACCAAGAAGAUAUGUAGUUUCAGUAUCUGACAUGAUGAAGAUGAAAAAUGUGAACAGCGCAAUGCCUUGGUAUUAGCCUUUAUAACUAAUUACAUGUCAUCUAGCUCUUCUGGCACGGUAUUUGUUUUUGGUGUAUGAUUCUUUUAAAAAAAAAAACACACACAAAACCUAAACGGCCUUAUCCCUUAGAUGUUGUUCUGAUCUUCACAAAUGAUUUCAGUGAAGACAUUUUUUCCUAAUUAAUACUUGAUGGUUAAAUUUGCAACUGGAUUAUAUUUAUUUUUAUGUGCAGGGAAUCUAAUUUAUUUAUGUCAGCUGGUAUUGCUAAUACAUUCCUUAAGGGGUUGGGGGAGGUAUACAGAAGUAUUUAUUAUGCUUCUUUUAUAUUUGACUUUUCAUUUUUGUAUCAUUUAAGUCUUAAGAUAUUUUAAAAUGCCUGUGGAUAGAAGUUAAUAUUAAGGAGUGUGUCUCACAUUUUAAGUUUUAGUGGGAAAGCAAAGCUAUGCGUAGGUUUCUUUUUAAAGGCCAUAAAAAUGGUAGUAUGCUUGAGUGGAAGAUUAGGUACUUUAAGGUGUGUAACAAACUAUUAAGCAUAUAUUGCCUGGAGAGUGACUGCUACUGGUUUGGUUUGGCUUUGCUUGCAGUACUGGAGAUUGAGCCCAGGGCCUUUGCAUUACACACCCAGGUCUUUAUUUGUUUUAGUUUUAAGACAGGGUCUUGCUAAAAUUGCCCCGGGCAGAAUUUGAACUAUGAGUCCUGCUGUGUCAGCCUCCCUCAGUUCUGGGAUUACAGAUGUGUGCCACCAUGCCUGGCUUGUUUCGUAUUUAAAAAGACCACAAACUAUAUCGAUAAAGAUAUUUUUUAAAGAGUUCCCUUAGCUCGAUGCCCAUUAACUGGCAUAUGUAAUAAGCAUGAUUUCCUGCAGAAAAUAUGAAUUCUUGGCUAGCUUACAGAAUUUCACUUUAUAGUUUUUUUUUUUUUUUUAAUUUCCUGCUCUCUGAAAAUGUUUACAUCAUAGAAUUAUUUUCAAGAAAUAUUAAUGAAGAUGGAAUAUUGGAGUCAUAUUUAUUCUUUUGUGCUCUUCUGUGUCUUGUGUUUUUCAUGUUUGGCACAAAUGUUAGUGUAUCAGAUUUUCCUGGUUUAUGUUUACAGAUCUGAAAAGCUCAUGCUAUAUUUUUAGUAGCAUUAAAUACAUUACAAAAUGUGGAACAACUAAUUGGCCAUAUGGAACUUUUUGCAGCUUAUUUUUGGUAAGAAGAAUCUGUAGUAUAAGCAAAUAAAAAUAUAAUGGUUUAGGAAUAGUAGCUGAAAUCAUAAUCAUACCUUUUAAAAUACUGA